AUGCCUUCCAGAAUUUACCGGUCGUCCUAUCCACAGGUCGAGCUGGUGGACAGCGAUCUGCUGACUUACCUCUUCUCCAACCCGAACAGGACGCCCGAAGACAAACCCAUAUUUAUUGAUGCUGUCACGGGCGACACACGAACCUAUGGGGAAAUUCAACGAAGGACACGGUCACUAGCUCGAGGCUUGCGGGAUCUCGGAGUCAAACCGAAAGACAUCGUCGCUUUCUUCAGUCCGAACAGCAUCGACUAUGCCAUCGUUUGUUAUGGCAUCUUGGGCUGUGGAGCCACGGUCUCGCUCGCCAGCGCUGCAUACACUCCCACGGAAUUGCGGGCACAGCUUGAGACGAGCGGAGCAAAGUACCUGAUCUGUCACUCAAUGCUCCUUGCUACAGCAGAGAAGGCUAUCGAAUUCGACCCUUCUGUUCAGAUCAUUCAGGCAGAUGGAGCAUGCGACAAGAAGGGCAGAGCAACGGCGGAAACCUUGGCCGGUGACUGCCCGCCCAGUCCCCUCGUCAGCAUAAAGCCGAGCGAAGCCGAUGAUCGACUCGCCUUUAUGUGCUUCUCUUCAGGUACAACCGGGCGAGCGAAAGGAGUGAUGACGACGCACAAGAACCUCGUUUCCAACAUCAUACAAUGGAUGGCACAUAUGUCAGUCGAGACCACGGGCAAACUAACAACGGUUACAUUCUUGCCCUUCAGUCACGUCUACGGUCUCAUGUCUUUCGUUUGUAUAAACACAUAUGUGGGCAACACAGCCAUUGUGCUUUCUCGCUUCGACCUUGAAAGAUUCCUCUCUUGCUGCCAGAAACAUCGACCCGAAGUCGUAAGCGUGGUUCCACCAGUCAUGUUACUCCUCGCCAAACAUCCAUUGGUGGAGAAAUACGACUUGAGCAGCCUCAAGAGAAUCAUGUGCGCUGCAGCCCCGUUGAGCGUAGAACUCCGAGAAGCUGUCGAGGCACGCUUCAAGAAAAUGUACGGGACGGACAUACUAGGUCUGCAGGCGUGGGGCAUGACAGAGACCAGCCCGCUCGGUGCUUAUGUGCCUCCUGACCGUCCGGAUAAGCGACAUACAGUCGGCAACAUCACACCCAGCAUGGAGUACCGAGUAGUUGACCCAGAGACUUUGCAAGACAGCGGAUAUGAAGCGGACGGCUCGGCGAUUCCGGGUGAGCUGUGGUGUCGAGGUCCUAACGUGACGAAAGGCUACUAUCGAGACGAAGAGGCGAGCAAGAAUAGCUAUGCGACCGACGAGGAGGGCCGACUAUGGUUCAGGACAGGCGAUAUUGGAAAAAUCGAUGCCGACGGCUUCCUGACCAUCGUCGACCGAAUAAAAGAAAUGUUCAAGUACAAGGGUUUGCAGGUCAUCCCUUCAGAAUUGGAGGGGAAGCUGCUUGACCAUCCCGACGUGGAAGACGCCUGCGUCGUGCCACAGUGGGUUGAGGAGCAAGCAACACAUGUCCCUGUCGGAUUUGUCGUCAUCAACCAAAAGGCGAAGGCGAAAGGCGAGGAGGCAGUCGUUAAGGGUAUUCACUCCUGGCUGAAUACCAAGAUUGCCAACCACAAGAAGCUCCGAGGAGGAAUUUAUGUCAUCGAUGCAAUCCCGAAAUCACCCUCGGGCAAAAUCUUGCGACGCGAACUGGCCGCAAAGCUGAAAGCAAUGCCUGCAAAGUCCGGGUCAAAGUUGUAA